CGUGGGCAACAGUCGGAAAAGUGAAAAAAGUGCAGUGUUUGUUUUAGUGAAAUUUUGUUAAUGACCUGUGAGAGAAUAUAAAGAAAACCAAGGUCAAAGUUCUUUAAAAAUGUUGCCCAAAAUUUGGUUAAUAUGUGCAAUUUAUCUAAGUUUCUGUUAUGGCCAACCUCAAUUGAAUUUGCCAACACCACAGCCAGAGGUUUUCUAUAAUGGUUAUACACCAAAUGUGGCAACAACACCAGCUCAAGUGCGAGCCGAUCGUGAUCGAGAUCAACGUUAUGGACCACCCUAUGCCGAUGAGGGUGGUGGUGGUGCUGGUGGGAAUAGUGAUGAUGGCUUAGAUGAUUUUAGGUAUGGCCAGACAUAUGAUGAACGCAUGAGAUUGGGUUAUGCCUAUCCCACACCUCAGCAAAAUUUCAGUGAUUCACCCUUCAGUGGCGAUCGGGAUCGACAAUUGCAAGGGCAAGUGCAAGGCGAAAAUCGUUAUUCCAAUCACAAUUAUGGCCCACUAGCGGGGACAUACAACGAUGAUGAGCGAUUUAAUCAGUAUAAUAAUAAUAAUAACAACAACAACUACAACAACAAUCCCAAUGUUGAAUUUGUGGGUGGCAAUAAUCGUUUUACGAAUCCAUAUCGACCAAAUCAGGAUCGUUUCAAUCUUAAUCAGGGUUUCUUGGACCGUCAACGUUAUCAACAGGAUCGUCGUUAUCAACAGGAAUUGGAAAAAUUGCGCACUUUCCUUGUCGAGGCCGAUCAGACGGGCUCUCAAGAGUGUACCGCCAAUGUGGCAGCCCAAUGGAAUUUCGAGACUAACGUCAACGAUUUUACACAGUCGGAAGCGUUGAAUGCCCAACAACGUUAUGUGGAAUUUCAACGUAUUACGGCAGGACAAUCGAAGAGCAUAAACAAGGAUCUCAUCUUUGAUCGUCGUUUGUAUCGCCAGUUGAUGCUACAAUCGGAGGUUGGACCCAAUGCUUUGCCUCUAGAUGUUUUAGAUAGGUACAAUCGUUUGCUCAAUCAGAUGCUCUUUCUGUAUAAUAGCGCCAGUAUAUGUGCCUAUCAACAGCCAUUUCAGUGUGACUUACGCUAUAUACCCCAUUUAAAGGAUAUUAUGGCAAAGAGUAGAGAUUGGGAUGAGCUGCAGCAUACAUGGGUGGAGUAUCAUCGUAAGGCGGGAAGGGAAAUGCGUAAUGAUUACGAGCAAUUGGCUGAUGUAAUGCAGGAAGUGGCCUAUGUAAAUAACGUUACAAAUGGCGGUGAAUAUUGGUAUUUGGCCUAUGAAUCGGGUAAUUUUCGACAAGAUAUUGAUAUUGUUUGGGAGCAAAUAAGACCCCUUUAUGAGAGUUUACACUCGUAUGUGCGAAGAAAGUUGCGAGAUUAUUAUGGACCCGAACGUAUAAAUCGUGUUGCCCCAAUACCAUCUCAUAUUUUGGGCAAUAUGUAUGGUCAAUCUUGGUCAAAUAUAUUGGAUAUACUUAUACCCUAUCCAGGACGUAAACUAAUUGACGUCACACCACGCAUGGUUGAACAAGGUUAUACACCAUUGUUAAUGUUUCAACUGGCCGAGGAGUUCUUUACCUCCAUCAAUAUGUCGGCAGUGGGUCCUGAAUUCUAUAGAAACUCUGUCUUUGAGCAGCCAUUGGACAGAAGAGUCCUGUGUGAACCUUCGGCUUGGGAUUUUUGCAAUCGUCACGAUUUUCGUGUCAAAAUCUGCACGGAUAUCAAUCAAAGAAGUUUGAUUAGUGUCCAUCAUGAGAUGGCGCAUAUACAAUAUUUUUUGCAAUAUCGCCAUUUACCCAAAGUCUUUCGAAAUGGAGCAAAUCCUGCUUUCCAUCAGGCCGUUGGCGAUGCCAUUAGUCUGUCUGUGUCGACGCCGAAGCAUUUACAGACCUUGGGCUUGCUACAAAGAUCCUUGGACGAUUCCAGUUAUGAUAUCAAUUAUCUCUUCACCAUGGCCAUAGAUAAGGUUGCCUUUUUGCCCUUUGCUUUGGCCUUGGACAAUUGGCGUUACGAUGUCUUUAGUGGAAAUGUUAAUAAACGUGCUAUGAACUGUCAUUUUUGGAAUUUGCGUGAAAAGUAUUCAGGCAUUAAGCCGCCUGUUUUACGUUCUGAAAUGGAUUUUGAUAUGGGUGCCAAAUAUCAUAUACCCGCAAAUAUACCCUAUGUCAAAUACUUUUUCUCAACUGUCUUACAAUUUCAAAUAUACAGAGGAAUGUGCCGAACAGCUGGACAAUAUGUGCCUGGCGAUCCAAGGAAACCACUGCAUAAAUGCGACAUCUAUAGGCAACCAGCGGCUGGCAAUUUGUUAAAGCAACUAAUGGCGAAAGGUGCCUCUCAGCCUUGGCAGGAAGUCCUUCAAGAGACAUUGGGCGAGGGUCGUCUAGAUGGCACCGCCUUACGGGAAUACUUUGCCCCACUCGAGGAGUGGUUGCGCCAGGAGAAUUUGCGUACCAAUGAAUAUCUUGGUUGGAACUACGAUGGCGUAUACUGCAAAAGGAGCAUAGAAACUGCCGGACUUCAGGUCUUUGGAGAUGGUUACAAUGGCGUUCAGGGACAACAGGGAGCCGACAGUCUAUAUCUAUUGCCAUUGAUCCUAAGCACUUUUUAUAUUAGUUUUCAAUUUUAAUUAAUUAACAGAAACGCUAAUAAAGUUGUUACAUUUUA